AUGGCCUCUACCGCCGGCCCUGCCGCGGCGGCGGUGGAGCCCCGCAGCCUGGGCCAGCACCUGGCCUCACGGCUGGUGCAGAUUGGCUGCAGCCGGUUCUUUGGGGUGCCGGGCGACUACAACCUGACCUUGCUGGAUGAGCUGGAGAAGGAGCCAGGCCUGAAGGGUGCCUGGUGCUGCAACGAGCUGAAUGCAGGCAAGCAAUUGUGGUGUGUCACGGGACGUCACAGGAUUUCACCAAACAGCUAUGCAGCGGAUGGGUAUGGUCGCCUGAAGGGCGUAGGAUGCGCUGUCGUGACCUUCACUGUCGGUGGCCUGUCAAUCAUCAACGCAAUCGCAGGGGCCUUUGCGGAGAGCCUGCCGGUCAUCUGUAUCACUGGCGGACCCAACACUAACGACUUCGCCUCCAACAGGCUCAUCCACCACACCCUGGGCCGCAAGUUUGACUUCAUGCAAGAGCUCGAAGCCUUCAAGCAAGUGACGUGCGAGCAGGUGGUCAUCCACAGCCUGGAUGAUGCGCACGAGGAGAUUGACAAGGCCAUCUCAGCCGCGCUCCUGCACUCCAAGCCCGCCUACAUCUGCGUCUGCUGCAACCUGGCCGGCAAGCGGCAGCGGCGGCGGCGGCGGCGGCAGCAGCGGCGCAUGCACCAUCCCUCGUUUGACACGAGCCCCAUCCCCUACUCACUUUCCACCAAGCAGUCGAACAAGCGCAGCCUAGAGGCCGCGGUGGAGGCAGCGGCAGCAUUCCUGGAGAGCAAGCAGAAGCCGGUUGCUUUGGCCGGCCCUCAGCUGCGCAUAGGCGGCGCCAGCCAGCAGUUCAUGAAGUGUGUGGAGGCGAGCGGCUACCCUUAUGCCAACAUGGCAGCUGCCAAGAGCCUGGUGCCCGAGAGCCACAGGCAGUACAUGGGAACCUACUGGGGCCAGAUCUCGGCGCCCUGCGUCUCCGAGGUGGUUGAGUCGGCGGAUGCCUACCUCGUCGCCGGCCCCGUCUUCUCUGACUAUGCCUCUGUUGGAUAUACCCUGGGCCUGUCAGAGUCCAAGAUGGUGCGUGUGGACCCCUACCGAGUCACCAUCGCCGGCGGCAAGGGCGGCCAGGUGUUUGGCUGCGUGAACAUGCGGGACUUCCUGGCCGCCCUGGCCGCCCGCCGCCUCAAGCCCAACGCCACCAGCAUGGACAUCUACCGCCGCCUGUAUGCGCCGCCGCCGGAGGUGGCACCCUCCCCCGCGGGCUCCCCGCUGCAGACCAAGGUGCUGUUCAAGCACAUCCAGGGCCUGCUGCAGCCCAGCACCAUGCUGCUGGGCGAGACUGGCGACGCCAUCUUCAACUGCCAGAAGCUCGCCCUGCCCGACGGCUGCCGCUACGACUGGUCCCAGCAGUAUGGCAGCAUCGGGUGGAGCGUGGGCGCCACGCUGGGGCUGGCGAUGGCCGGCAGGGACGCGGGGCGCCGCGAGGUGUCCACCAUGCUGCGGUACAACCUCAACCCCAUCAUCUUUCUCAUCAACAACGGCGGGUACACAAUUGAGGUGGAGAUCCAUGAUGGCCCCUACAACGUCAUCAAGAACUGGGACUACGUGGGCCUGGUGCAGGCCAUGCAGAAUGGGCAGGGCCAGCUGUUCGCCACGCGGGUGCGCACAGAGGCAGAGCUGGCUGAUGCGGUCAAGGUCGUUCGGCGGGAGGCCAAGGACCGGCUGUGCUUCAUCGAGUGCAUCAUCCACAGGCGCGCCACAGAUGACUGCUCUAAGGAGCUGCUGGAGUGGGGCGCUCGCGUGGCGGCGGCCAACAGCCGCCCCCCCAAGCCGUCCUGA